UGAAUGUGGUAACUAGUGACGAUCUUGUUCUUUAUGUGGAGGAACGUUGCGGACAUAGACCCGGAAGUGCAGCGUUUUAAGGCGUCAACAAAGGAAAGUGAAGCUGUGUGCCAUUUUCUCGUUAAGCAUUUACAAGAUACAAAGUAAUUGGCCUUCGUUGUGUUGUUCUCAUUUACAAAGACUAGGCUACUAGCAGCUCAAAACAGUAGCUAGUUGGCUGCAACAAAUUCAAAUGAAGAAGCACUCCAGUCAACAAGAUGAAGAACAAACCUGGGAAAAAGCAACACAACAAAACCAAGAGGACUAAACACCAUCGAGACCUAAUCAAAACAGAGUGUGGAACACAGUCAGAUGAUGUUGACUGCAAUAGAGAAGAACCAGACAUUAGUCAAGCACCCUACAUUACUAAAGGAGUUUGUAUCAGCUCCAUCCAAAUCAAAGAGGAACCAACAGACUUUGAGCAGCAGGGAAUGGGAGAGGAACAAAACCUUUCAGUUCCUUCCUUCCAGAAGAAGCACAUCAAACAUCAAAAUACAUCCAAUCCAAUGACCGGGUGUAGCCAGAUAUCAAGGAGUCCUAUGGUGAUGCUAACAAGAUUGUCUAAUGUAAGAAGAGUUCCCAACAUGUGACAGUUAGUAACUAGAUAAGUGUUUCGACUUUUGGUUCAUGCAUACUGUGGUUUCUUCAUCUUUCUAAUCCAUAAGGUGGUGGUUAAGACUCUUCUGCGAGACACUAAAGUGUGUUUGGUGAAGGAGGAAAACCCAGACGAGACAGAUGGAGAAUGCAAAUGAAGAGGAAGACCUAGACAAUAACCAAUCGACAAGAUUAAGAUCAACCUGGGAAAAAGCAACGCAAUAAAACCAAGAUGACUAGAAGUCAUCGUGAUCACAUCAAAACGGAUUGUGAAACACAGUCAGAUGAUGUUGACUCUAGUAGAGAAGAUUCAGACAUUGGCCAAGCCCACUCUCUCAGCAGUAAUGGGUUUACUUUCAACAUCAUCCAAAUCAAAGAGGAGGAAACAGACUUUGAAGUGCAUGAAACAAGUGAGGAACAUAACGGAAUCAGAUCAAAUUAUCACUUGGAUUCUAGAGCACUCCACCAGGAUUCUGGAACCAUCAAAACCAAGACUGAAACAGAUUCUGUUUACAUUAGCCAAGGAACGGUGGAAAUUAAGACUGAGCAUGAUUCUGAAAUCAGAGUGGUUAAGACAGAAACUCUAGUGUACUCCCCCUCACACAGCUGCCCCCACUGCAGUUGCAUGUUCCACACACCACAGCAGCUACUUGUCCACACCUGCCAGGUCUCGAAUUCUGACAACGUUGUGGAUUUUUUGUUGAAGACCCCAUUUCAUUCUUUGGAGUCCACAGAAAUGGUGCGAAUUAAAACAGAGGGUCGACCUCUGCCUGAAAUCAAGUACAUAAGGAAGGAUGGCAAAGUGAGGAGGGCGUUCAAUACCAACUGGUAUAAAAAGUAUCAAUGGCUAACAGGUAGUCUUUCAUCAAGCCGCUUGUAUUGCUGGCCUUGUCUGCUCUUUGGAACGUUUGAGCCUUGGGCUAAAGGGGGGUUCAGUGACCUGAAGAACAUUGACCGUUCAGCUAAACGGCAUGACGAAAGCCGGGAGCAUCUCAACUCCUACGCGAAACUCAAGCUUUUGGGACACCCGAGUCAUCAUGCCAAUCAUUCACUCAAUGAAGGCCUGCGUAUUCAAGCUGCGCAACACACGAAAAGGUCCGAAGAAACAGGGAUGUUCUCAAACGCCUCAUUGACAGCAUUGCAUACUUAGGCAUGCAAGAGUUGGCUUUUAGGGGACACGAUGAGACGGAAAGUUCCGCUAACAAAGGCAACUACAGGGAAUUGGCAGAGGUAAUCGCGCGGUAUGAUGCUUUACUUGCUCAGCAUAUGGAAUCUUCAACUGUGUUCACUGGAAUGUCAAGAACAAUUCAGAACGACUUGAUAACUGCUAUCGCAUCAUCAAUUAAAAGUGAGAUUAAAAGCGAAGUUGACGCUGCUCCAUUUUUCUCAUGGCAAAUGGAUGAAACUACAGACCAUUCGCAGUUGUCUGUCAUUGUCAGGUAUGUGGAUGAUCGGGGGUGUGUCCAGGAGCGUUUCUUGGGCUACUUUGACGUGUCAGCUGGGCGAGAUGCACAGUCUGUGUUUGAUCUAGUGAUUUCGGAGAUGUCAGAGUUUAACUUUGUUGAGAAACUAGUCGCUCAAACAUAUGAUGGCGCUGCUGUAAUGGCUUCUGAUUUAAAUGGUCUGCAAGCAAAAGUAAGAGCUGUAGCUCCGAGCGCCACCUUUGUGCAUUGCUAUGCACAUCCCCUCAACUCCGUAUUAAGCCAGAGCGUGAAGUCUAUGCCCAAGACCAAGGUUUUCUUUGCCACACUGGGUGGCUUCGCAACUUUUUUUUGUAAGUCCACCAAUAGAGUGCUGCUAGAAAAGGCCAAAAACGUACCAACACAUUGGAAUUUCACGUCCAGAGUCGUUAACACAGUGGCAAAAAACUUUGAACAUCUAUUGGACACAUUCACAGGUAUCACAGAGCAUCCUAACAUGGAUGAUGACACGAUUUUCAAUGCAAAUGGCUUCAAGACACAGCUGGAAGAUUUUCAUUUUAUUUUUUUACUUCUCACUUUUGAAUAUAUAUUUGCUUGCACAGAUGUGGUUUUUGACAGUGUGCAACAGAAUGCCAUGGAUGUAGAAUUUUGUAAGAGGAGGAUUGAGAAUCUUAUGCUCAAGAUAGCGGAGCACAAAUCUGAAGAAGAAUUUAGUGCUAUAUAUCAGAAGGCUUCGAACAUGACAGAUGAUCCAGAGUUGAUGCACAGAAGGAAGCGAAGGCAGGGCACGCAGUAUGUAAUGCAGAUGUACAAAUCACUGUACAAUUCAAUCCAUGACAACAUCAAGACACAAAUAUCACAGAGGUUCCAAAGCCUGGACAGCAGGAGAUACAUGGAGUUGUUAGAUGAUGAGAAAUUUGAGUCAUUCCGGAGUGAAUUCCCUGCAAAUGCAAUGGAAAGCCUGUCCCAGAGCUAUGGAUGUUUUUUUAACAUGGAAAAACUGAAAAAUGAACUGCAAGUGUUCUACUGUGGUGAGGAGCUUCAAGGGAACAGUCGAAAACUGUGUGACAGAAUCUUGCAUUUCAAGGGGUGUGGAUUGAAUGAAGUGAUGCCUGAGGUGUACCGGUUCAUGUGCCUAGUUGCAACUAUAGGGGCAACGUCAGCGGGCGUGGAGAGCAGAUUCUCUCGUCUGAAGAGGCUGAAAAGCUACACAAGGAACACCAUGGGACAAGAGCGACUCAGGAACCUGGCAAUCCUAUCCAUAGAAAGGAGAAUUCUUAAAUCACUACAGAAGAAUCCUCACUGGUAUGAGAGGGUCAUUGACCAGUUUGCCAACCAGACUAUGAGAAGAAUUGACUUUAUAUUCAAGGUAACAUAUUAAUAAAAACAAUUGUGCUAAGUUUUUUUUUUUUUUUUUUGCACCGAUAUGUGUAAUAGAUUUUAUAUUUACGUAAAUAGUAUUUGUUUUUUGGCCCAACUGUGUUUUGAAUUGAUUUGUUUCCAACAGUGAUUGAGACUGGAUGGUGGAAACUCCCUGAACUACUGAGAGGGAGUAUAAGGUCCCAAGAUGCCAGUAAUGUAUUAAAAGCAGAGUGUAGGUCCUGUUUGUAAGCAUGUGCACAUGUCCACAACCUCUCAUUCUUCCUCUGGAGACCUCAACCCUUCUCAUGCACUGCAGUCAGCGUUGACUAAAGCUGUCAGUGUCAUCGAAAGAUGUCAAACAAACUGACCGCUGCUGCUAAAGAACAUUAAAACUUUGACUAUUUUGCUGAAUGCCGGUUUUCCUUUUUCAGUUGAAAUGCCUUUUGGACCCUGCACCCAAAGACUUAUUUGAACUGUUAAGUUGCGCAUGGUUCUUGAUUUUGUGUUGUAUUUUGUAGUUAUUAUGGAUCCCCAUUAGCUACUCUUCCUGGAGUCCAGCAAAAUUUAAGGCACUUAUAACAUUUUUGUAGUUGAUUAACAAGGGAAAAGUGAUGCACA